CAGGCUGAGAGACCCAGAGACAGGGGCACCAGUCUGAGAGAGAUCCAGCGAGAGGGGCCCCAGGCGAGAGACCCAGGGGCCCCAGUGAGUGAUGUCUGGGUGCUGCUGAGAACUCACCGUUGGGGUGAAACAGAUCAGAAGCGGACCCUAGGGAACCCUGUCAUGGAGGAGCAGACAGAGCACAGUCCAGGGGCACCUAGUGAGCCGGAUCCCGGGGCCCCUGCGCCCCCCACACAUAGGACCACUAACUUCUUCAUCGACAACAUCCUGAGGCCGGAUUUUGGGUGCAGAAAGGAGCCCCCCGGGAGAGAGAAUGUCAACCCCCUGCACCCCCGGGGGGGCAACAACACCCCCACCCCCAGCCCGGACUCCGACACCCCUUCAGACGCGUCCAACCCUGGCCUGCUCCUGGUGGGGCCCCCGGUGACCCCAACUAACAAGGCUGAUCCUCUGGUGUGGCCAGCUUGGGUGUACUGCACCCGCUAUUCGGACCGACCGUCCUCGGGACCCCGGACCAGGAAGCUGAAGAAGAAGAAAAAUGAGAAGGAGGACAAGAGGCCCCGCACAGCCUUCACCGCGGAGCAGCUGCAGAGGCUGAAGAGUGAGUUUCAGGCGAACCGGUACAUCACGGAGCAGAGGCGGCAGACCCUGGCCCAGGAGCUCAACCUCAACGAGUCCCAGAUCAAGAUCUGGUUUCAGAACAAAAGGGCGAAGAUCAAAAAGGCCACGGGGCUCAAGAACGGACUGGCCCUGCACCUCAUGGCCCAGGGGCUUUACAACCACUCGACCACCACCGUGCAGGACAAGGAGGACAGCGAGUGAGGGCACAGCCUGCCGAGAGACUGAGCCCUGCCUCAACUACUACUGUGCAGGCCAAGGAGGACCGCGAACGAGGACAGAGCCUAGGAGCCCUGCCGAGAGACCGAGCCUUGCCUCAACUGCUACUGUGCAGGACAAUGAGGGCAGCCUGGGAUCCCGUCCAGAGACUAAGCCCUUUCUCAACUACUACUGUGCAGGACCAUGAGGGCAUCCCCCUGGGAUGGGACUGAAGUCCCCAUUAUGUGUAAGUUGCCCCUGUAUAGGUUUAUGAUCAGGUAAGGACUCGGAGUUUGUGUUCUACCCCGUGUUAUUUCUGGCUGUUGUUAAUCCUCUUGUGUGGAUCUGCCACGCGUGUUCCUGAGCACCAUUAACCCCUCCCUCACCAGACUGAGUUACUGAGCUGUGCUUUCAAGCCAAAGAUUUUGUGUAGAGGAAUGUGACCCCACGGAGUGUCGUGGGGCUGCUGUCAGGACACAGACUGGAUGUAAGUUAUUUUAUAAUAAACAGAUACUGGUCACACUCA